ACGAUAUCCUGAGAACAGGAAUCCAGUCCGGGUUUUCCCUCAGCCUCACGCCGACGUCCAUUAAAUAUCCUGAAGUUGACUGGAGACUGUAGGUCGAGUCUGGCAGAGCUGGCGUGAAUGGAUUGACAUAAGAAGGAUUUGUCUUUUAUCAGGUGCUUUAGUCUCUGUGGCAGCAUGUCAGUGUUACAGUUCAGAGAUACGUUGUGAAGACGUUAUUCACGCGUGUCUAGGGAAGAUCCAUCGAAGAGAAAUGCUGAAGGAUCGGUCGUGUCGUACAGGCGGGGAAUAUUAUUAGCCCUCGUACAGUGAUCUGUCUCUCCGGUAGCCAUACAUCCAUAUGUCAUCAGUGGGAAAAAUGUAAAUGUGAUCUUACUCGAAAUAGGGAACAUUACCAAAAAGAUCUGAAAAGUACUGUUGCCCAGAGUCAUCUUUAUACCGUUUCCCAUGCCGGCUAUCCUGAACUCCUCCUCCCUCACCCUCACUUGCUUCAGCUAUGCCUCAUACUCCCAAAUCACCCAAGAAGUCAUCUUGUGCAUCCAAAAAGCAAAAUGUUAGAAGGGUGAAAGCUUCCAUGACUAGGAGGCAAAAGGUCAACUUUCUCAAAGCCAAUGGCAAGAUCAAGAAGGCCGUAGACAAGAAACAGGCAGCCAAGACAGCCCAGAGAACAGCUGUCAGCAAGCCCAGCAAGAGGACAGUCAAGAAUGUCCUCAUUGUUAAAGGAUCCAGGCACACACGUGGUUCUGUGAACCAAAAUGGCUUGUUGUCAAAACGUAAUGGGAAAGGGAAGUCACCUCGCAAUAGUGUCUCGUGUCCGAGGGAAGUUGAGUCCUACAGGAGAGUGGUUACAAAGAUCAAAGGAGGUCUGGAGAUCAGGGAACAGGAUACUGAUACUACAAGGUCAGAAGUUCAUGAUCCUAAUGGUGAUGGACAACAAAAGGGUGCUGUAAUUCCCACUGGAGAGGGACAGAGCGUUAACAUAAGCUCAGAGCAAACUGCAGAGGAUCACAGAGAGACUGUUGUUCACAAGACUGACCAGGCAGAAGAGGAAGAGACGGUGAAAGCAGGCAAAGAAACUAUACAAAACGAAAGCUGCUCUGCUUCUAGUGAGCAGCUAAACUCUGCAUUUGUUGAGCAGCGUGACCCUCUUGACCCUGUCAAUAAUGUGGACUUUGCCUACAACAAUAAUACCUCAAGCCCAACAACUCCCUCCCCUUCACAAUCAGAUAAGUAUGUUUCAGGUCAAAUUGAGGAGGUUCAACGCAUCGCUCCACAAACAAACUUUCCCGACAAUUCUUUGCAAACCUCUCCACAAAACUCCACGGAAGCAAAUGAGACCGUAGCCUCCCAAGUGUGUCAGUCCUCCAAUGAAUCACCAGCAUUUGAAAAGAUUGCAAAUGAUCCCCAGAAGGGAAAAAAUGAGUUUGAAAGCACUGCAGUUGUGGAUACCAAAGAUGAAAUUGAGGAUGCUGAAAUGUCAAUGAAGAAAGAGGGAGCGCUUUCUCUCCUCUCACUGAGCAUGACCAUUUACAACAGCACUCUUUGUGAAAUGGGCCGUGGGCCUCAGGCGACGGCGUCGCUCUCCAAUAGCACAGAAAGCACCCAGUCCUUUUUUGACAGCGACUGCGAGUCAGUUAUGGAGCACAGGGAGUCAGGAAACCCUCCUCUCCAAACAGAGGAUAUUCAACUGCGUUUACUUCAAGUUCAAGAGAGGAGAGACAAGAAAAAGAGAAUUCAUUGCGAUGUUUGCACGCCCUGCCUGCUCAAGAUCAACUGCGGGGAAUGCAGGAGUUGCCAGAACCGAAAAAUGGGCCAUCAGAUCUGUAGGCUCAGGAAAUGUGUUGAGCUGAGGAAAAAGCCCCACAUGAUCUGUACGAGAGAGGUUGAGUCAGAGGCAAACUCAGUAAAUGGCACAAGCUCAGAGCAGAUGGAGGAGACCUGUGCGACACCAGAGGAAGAGGCGCAUUACAUAUCCUUAACACACAAUGUUCCACCUGAUGUUCCCACGCCUCUUCAGCAUGGCUUGUUACCAACCCCUCCUGGAAAGGAGCCUGGGACCACUGAUGUACUACUCCCUCACAACAGUUCUCUAACCUCUCAUAAUGGUGCUGAACACAUCGAACCAAACACUGAGAGACAUGUGGAUCCCACUGAGCCACGUGCCACUUUCCAUAGACCCAUGUUUAAGAAGAGUCAUGAAUCCGAGUCCGUUCAAGAACAAACGUUUCCUCUGAAGAAGAUCAAACUGGAGGAGCAAUGGGUUGAGAUUGAUGACCCACUCUCAAAGCACUUAGAAACUAACGGGUGCUACCAAGAUGCUUUAUCUACCCUAGCAGCUGUGGUUUGCUUCUCCAGUACGGACAGAAAAAGUCUGGAGGAGAGGCUUUACGGGCCUCGUGCCUGUUUAAAAACUGAGCCGAAAGAAGAACCAUAUCAGUGUCAGUUAAAUCAAGGAGAAAGUCCAGAAGAACCUCCUCAGAAUGAUAACAUUGCACUAUCUUUACCUAGUGUCCAGUCUCUGUUCCAGCAUAGGAAUAUUAGUGUUGAUCAGGCUAUAGCUAUUGAGGCCUUGACCCAACUGGCAGCUACCCCACAAACAGUGCCCUUUGAAACAGAAAACCAGAAUCAGGACGCUCAGCGAGGAACGUCUACGUGCUCCACUUCAAGCAACCACAUACCUCUUCAAGAGGCUAAACCAGUUUCAGAUGUUUUCUCUAACAAGGUCUCUGUAAUCAGUUCAUCAUUGCAACAGACUUCUGUCAUCUGUAACCCUCUGAAGAGGCCAGCCAACUUCACCCAAAGUCAAAAUCAGCAGUGUGCGUCUACCUCCAGAAAACUUUCCUUGAAGGAUCUUCUGGUGGCCAGCUCAGAAUGUGAAAAGCUAUCGUAUACCGCGGAGAACCGCAGAAACGGCCAAGCACUUUGUAAACCUGAUAGGUUAGAAGGCACUUUCAAGAAGUAUAAGCAUGGAGAAGCCACUCAGAUCUCGAGAAAGAGGGACGAGGAGGAAGUCGCGGCUCAGUUGGUGCAGCUUGCGUUCAUGAUCGAAUCCCGGCAGAUGCAACUCUCGGAAAACAGUCCGCCAAAAGGUAUGCCAACUCAGACCAGGAAAUACAAUCAUAACUAUUCAGGGCAGCACUUGAAAAAGCAAAGGAAACCUAAAGCGACGCCAUCAAAACCCAGGGUGUCUAAGAAGAAAGCUGCUGAGAUCGAGGGUAACCAUUGUAGGACUCCAUUGGCCAAGAAGACGCCCAACAGGAAAACCCCACUCAAGGCCGCCAUUCAGAAAGCCAUUUUGCAACAAAAGAUGAGGUUCCAGCACAAGAGGAGUCCAUAUCUUCCCCAAGCACAGAUAGACCUGAAAAAGUACAUAGCGGAGGCCCAUCAUGAGAACAGGCAGCUUUUAUACUACAGCAACUCUCUGAAGAAAGAGCACUUUGAAACGAUCUUAGGUUCUGGUAAGCAGAAUGGCUUUCACUUUAAAUACGAGCAAGGAGCUCAAGGUCAUUCUUUACCGCAACCAAACGGACUCUUUCACAAUCAUACGAAUGACCAUCUAGGUGCUAGCCAGUGGCCGAGGCAUGAAUGUGAACAACAAAUGAUUUCUCAGGUAUCGAAAACCUACGAUGUGCUAAAUCAUGGUGCUAAACAACAACCUCAGCAAACCAUGGCCAGUGAACCCUGUAAAGAUUUGCCGCAGAGCCCAGGGAUGUACCAUAAAGCCAAUGGCUUUAAUGAUCAUCAACACUUGCACACGAAUCAAAAUGGAUUUUACAAAGUGGAGAAGUCUGGAGGUGUUACUGUGUUGUCCACAUCCAGUGUACAUUUAGAAAGCGGGGACGUGGUGAACCCUGGAGAACAGACUCCUACCAAGCACACGAUCAACAGCUUUUUAGAGUCUCCGAUGAGGUUCUUGGACACACCGACCAAGAAUCUCCUCAACACCCCCUCUAAACAAAUCACUGAGCUGCCCUCCUGUGACUGUGUGGAACACGUGAUUGAGAAAGAGGAGGGUCCGUACUACACUCACCUUGGAUCUGGCCCGAAUGUAGCAGCCGUGAGAGAGAUGAUGGAGAACAGAUAUGGCGAGAAAGGCAACGCAGUCCGUGUGGAGGUUGUGGUGUAUACAGGCAAAGAAGGGCGGAGCUCACAAGGUUGCCCAAUCGCCAAGUGGAUCAUACGGCGAAGAAGUGAGGAAGAGAAGUUGUUGUGCCUUGUGCGGCCGCGUGCUGGUCACUGCUGUCAGAACGCAGUGGUAGUCAUUCUCAUCCUGGCCUGGGAGGGGAUCCCACGCAGUAUGGCUGACAGGCUGUACCAGGAGCUCACACAGACUCUCUGCAAAUAUGGCUCGCCCACUAGCCGCCGCUGUGCCCUCAAUGAGGAUCGCACUUGUGCAUGUCAGGGUUUGGAUCCAGAGACCUGCGGUGCCUCUUUCUCCUUUGGUUGCUCCUGGAGUAUGUACUUCAAUGGCUGCAAGUUUGCCCGCAGCAAAACACCCCGAAAGUUCAGACUGCAGGGAGACUGUCCCGAGGAGGAAGAGAAGUUGGAGAAAAACUUGCAGAAUCUGGCAUCAGAGUUGGCCCCCGUGUACGAGAAACUUGCUCCUGUGUCCUUUCAGAACCAGGUGGAGCAGGAGCAGCAGGGGCAGGCCUGUCGGCUUGGCAGGGCCGAAGGUCGGCCGUUCUCUGGUGUGACUGCAUGUGUGGACUUCUGCGCUCAUGCCCACAAAGACACACAUAACAUGACCAAUGGAAGCACUGUGGUAUGCACUUUAACCAGGGAGGAUAACCGUGCAGUGCGGAACAUUCCAGAGGACGAGCAGCUGCACGUCCUGCCGCUCUACAAGAUCUCUGACACGGAUGAGUUUGGCCAUGCUGAGGGCCAGUGGGCCAAAAUAAAAUCUGGGGCACUGCAAGUCCUCUCGGCUUUCCCAAGAGAAGUGAGGAUGUUGGCCGAGCCCGUCAAAUCAGCACGCAAGAGGAGGAUGGAGGCUAAAAGAUCCCAUGCUGAGAAACUAAGCGGCCUGCGCAGUAAGCAGGGCACCCCUGUCAAAGUGAAGAACGCGCAUCUUAAAGGUUUCAAACAAACCUCUGUUGAACAUUCACCAUGUUUGGAAAAGGAUACUCGUAAUUUAAGUUCCAGCAUGCGAUCAUCUGGUGUUCCAGGCAUUGGAGACCAAUUCUCAAACUUCCGCUCUACUGUCCCGUACAACCAGAGUAACACCAGCCGCACUCCUCCUGUGGCCUCCAGCUUUGGCAUGUCCACACACCCAGAGUCCCCUCGACCGCAUGAUCCCCCAAGAGGAACGGGCCACACCAAUGGCUCUCCUUCUCUUAGACACGGGUUCGAGACCAUCAGGCACAUGUCUGAACCGUUCAGACACUCGUAUCCGAAUGAUUCUCUGAGAACCAAUUCGAAAUACUCUCCCUCGUUCAAAUCCGAGCCUGAGGAGAUGCGGUGCUUCCAGGGCGGCGCAGCUCCCACCCCGCUCUCCCCGCCCACGGCUGAGGGUCUCCACAGUCGUUUGAACCUGGAGGACCACCGCAACCCUCCAGUUAUGGCACGACCCCUGACCCCAGUGGAGGAAGUGUGGUCGGACAGCGAGCACAAUUUCCUCGACAGGGACAUCGGCGGGGUCGCGGUGGCUCCUUCCCACGGCUCCAUCCUGAUCGAAUGCGCUCGACGGGAACUGCACGCCACCACUCCCAUCCUGCGGCCCAACCGCACGCAUCCCACCCGCAUCUCCCUGGUCUUCUACCAGCACAAGAGCCUGAACGCUCCUGGCCACGGCCUGCAACAGUAUGAGGCUAAAAUGGCAGAGAAGGCCAGGGAGAAAGAGGAAGCCGAGCGUCUGGGACUCAACAACAGGUCAAAGGAAAUGGAUUGGGAUACGGAGAGCGAAAACGAGACUUAUCCAGAAGAGAGACAAAAGCUUCAGGUUCCUACCCGUCAAUCGCUAACAGUUCCGCGUGAGGGCGUCGUCAUGUCAGCGCCGUACUCCCUUACACACGUCACUGGGCCUUACAACCGCUGGACGUGAAAUUCUCCGUGCUUAGCUAAUGCCUUACCUCAGCUAGUUCUCAUCCUUUCAUGCGCGUGCUCUUCAUCUCAGCUUUUACGAAGAAAUAGACUACCGUUUGUGGGUUUUUAACUGUGAGUUUUGAUGUUUAUGUCUGUGUUUUUUUUAUUGUAAAGAGAUGGUGCUCAGAACAGAUGUUAUAAGACUGGUUUUAUACAUAUAGAUGAAAUUAGUACAUAGAAGAUUUGAUUAUUUAUUCUGAUCAUUUUCAAGACUAUUUUGUAAUUUAAUUUCUGGUCCAAGCCUGUUUACUGCAAUAGGAGUAUGUCAUCCUUAAAAUGACGUGUGUAGUAAACACUCCGAAUUGACAUUGUCAAAUGUGAAUUCUAUAUUCUCGUCUUAGCCUUGGGUGCUGUCUUGUCCGACCCUCUGUAGUUGCUAUUUUAUGAUGCCAAUGUAGCAGUAAGGUUAAUUGACCUAUGUGAACCAUACAUGGGUCAUAACAGGAACUAUACAUCAGUUUUUUGUAUUGGUAUGAAGGUACAUUGUUCCGGCAUAAGACAUUGUUGGGGGAUAUGCAUCGCAAGUAACACAAGUAACAUAAUCAUGAUUCAUUUUUUCAUGUAACUAGUAAAGUAACAAAAUAUGUCAGUUACUUUUUUUAUAUAAAUAAACUGACACUUCUCCCGUCCACAUGUUGAGAUAAACUGGGAGUUCCAGAGGCUUAUUAAUUUCACUUUGGGUGUGAAAUGGCCUUUACAGUUGCCAAAAUUUUUAAUUUUGAAGUUUUUGUUUUAAAAAACAAAUAAGCAAGUCUAGCACAAGAGACAUAAAGUAACGCAAAAGUAUUGUAAUGCAUUACUUUCCAUAAAAAGU